AGAAGCGGCGACGCCUCCUUGGUGGCGUUCACUUACAAGAGCCCAGCUUUUGCCUUGUAUAUUUGUGGCUUCCGUGGACAUAUUAGCAACUGGUGGUUUUAGCUUCCAGUCGCCCAGAGCUGCCAAGGGGGUGAGAAGUCAUCAGGAAAGUCUUUUAGCCCGAAUCACACUGAUUCACAAGACCAGCUGGUUUCUCCUGAAGUACUCCGAAAAUCUGCACCGAGCUCAGGUCCUGGUACAGGUGCAUGGCGAAGAAACCCAGAGGAUAAACCCAAAGAUUGAACCUGCAGACCAAGCGCAAAGUAGAAACUGAAAGUACACUACCGGGUGAUCCUACGGAAGUUAUGGAAAAAGCAAACCGCAGAGCCAGGCCGUGAUGUGUGCCGCCCCUGGGAUGGAUGAACCGGCAGGGGCCGCGUGGGAGAGAGGAACCAGCUGCAGAGCCUGCCCUGCCCAGCAUCGACUCCUGGCAAGCCCGCAGAAGACCAGGGUUCUGGGCGUGAUUAUGGGUGGUGAGAGCUUGCUCCUGCUGCAGUUGCGGUCAUCAUGACUAUGCCAGCCUCCCGCAGACCAUGUUCCAUGUUUCUUUUAGGUAUAUCUUUGGAAUUCCUCCCUUGAUCCUUGUUCUGUUACCAGUAACUUCAUCUAACUGUCAUCUUAAAGACAAAGAAGGUAAAGGAUAUAAGAAUGUUAUACUGGUCAGCAUCGAUGAAUUGGACAAAAUGCUACACAUUGACAGCAAUUGCCUGAAAAAAGAACCAAACUAUUUUAAAAAACAUUCAUGUGCUGAUAAAAAGGAAGCUGCUUUUCUAAAUCGUGCUGCUUAUAAGUUGGAGCAAUUUGUUAAAAUGAAUAUCACUGCAGAUUUUGAGCUACACUUACUAAAAGUUUCACAGGGCACAUUAAAACUGAUAAACUGCACCAAGGAAGAAACUGUUUCAAAGGAACCGAAAAAGAAUGACCAGUGUUUCCUAAAGACACUAUUACAAAAGAUAAAAACUUGUUGGAAUAAGAUUUUGAGAGGGCAUUAAAGAACACUGGAAAAUAUGAGUGGAAUAUAUGAACUGGCUGCAUCCUCCAAUAAUUUGCUUAUGCAGUUUUGGAGGGUAGAAAGCCUCCUAGAAGUUACUGAAGACAACCUAGUAAAAAUAAUGAGAAAAAUUGUGAAACUGACAUUGUAGUACCAGAAAACUGACAUAAACAAUGGAAACUGAGUAUUGUGGUGAAAAAACUAUUUUAUAGCUAUGUGGACAUAUAUCAAUCAGUAUUAAGUUUAUACUGAUUUUGCAAGACAAUCCACAUAAAGUAUCAUGUGCAAUAAAGCUUGUAAAACCUGUUUAAAUAUUUCAGAAGAAAUCAAAUCUAUGAAGUAUAUAAAGGUAAUAAGGAUUAAAUUAGCAUCAUUUUGUUAUCAGAAGAAUUUUACGGUCCACCAUGCGUCAGUGUACUGUAUUUGGCAUAAAGAUUGACAUCAUCUACACUGGAGAUGUUUUAGGAUUAACAUUGAUGGAAAAAUGCUCGUGAAGACAAGAGAAGUAUAUACUUUAAAGAAGCAACAACAUAAAGAAGCCAAAAAUAUUUAGGAGAGAUUAAGAAAUACAUUUAAAUAUGAAUAUAUAACACAGUGCCUUUAAUAAAUGGUAUAACAAAUAUUUUUAAAUGAAAUAAUGGAUCAUUUCAGAAGGUAGAAAUUUCUUAGUCUAGGAAUGCUAAGCCUUUGUACUAAGUUACUUUUGACAUUUAUGUAUGAUAAAAGUUGUCUUAAUGAGUUUUCAAUUUGGGAGGUAUAUUUUCAAGAGAAUAAUAUAUGUUAGCUUUUUAAUUAAUGGAUUGUGUAUAUUUAAUUUUGACACUAUACUAUAACUGUAUAUAAAAUAUUUUCAUACAGUAUUACCAAUGUUUACUUUUAAUAACAUUUCUCCUUUAAUAAUAAAUGAUCUGUCAGCUUAGCACUGUCAGAUUAAUUUUGGGCCAAGAAAAUUUUCAAUAGUAUACCAUCUGAUCUCCCAUGUUCACUAAAUAUAUGACCUCUAACACUGUAUUAUUGAGACUAAUUAUGUGCCUAGGAUCCAAAAAGGUAUGAGUAGUCACACUACUUCUUAGUUUAAAUUUUAAUCUUUGACUAUAUCUUUUUAGACCCUGAUUAGAAGUAACUGCAAAUGACCUUCAUUUGAUUAAAAGCACUAUGCUAGGAAGCCAAAUUUUAAAAGAGUUCCUGACUUGUAGUACACUGAACUCACCCUUCAUGCCCUUUCUCCACCUUACUGUCAUCUAUGUACCGACUGGCUGUAUUUGAUUUACAAAACAUGCUCUAGUGAUGCCCUGCCCAUUUUUACUGUCACCAACCCAUAUGGAGUUUCAACCCCAAUGGUACCGAGUGAACAGAAUUACACAGUCAUCUGAGUAGAACUUGUUGACCUGCCUCAUUAACAGGGCUCUGAGUCAGGUAUUUUUUUAAAUUACUUUUUACUCCAGAAAAGAAAGUUGACUAAACUCAUUAGAAGCAAAAGAUUCCUCACUAGAUAAUUUUUCUUCAGAUGGAUCUUUCUACCCAGGCUCUGUCUCUACCAUAAAACAUGAUCAACUGUGAUAUUCCUCUAUCCACAUAAACCGGUGCUUAUGAUAAGCUAUUAGCUAUAAAACAAGGAAACUUAGUUUCUAAAUUCUUGAACUUGAAAGCUAUGUAUAAAUUUUCCUUAAAAGUGCUGAAAAUUUUUUAGCUUGUGGCAAAGAUGAGGUAGUAUUUUUAAAACAUUAAAAGAAUUAUUGGAUUUU